AUGUCAGCGCUACGGUAUGCGGCUCGGUUCGUAAACCGCAAUCCUCGCAAUCUUGAGAUGAUGGGACUGCAGAAAACACCUAUUGGCUUCGAGUUCGAGAGGGACAACACUAAGCGUAGUUUUAUUUACAAGGUGGAAUUGUUGCAAUCAAAAGCCCAUCAGGAUGCUCGUUUAAUACACUACAGGGAUGGUGUGGUCAUUGAAGCUUCAACGCGUGAGAAAGCAAUCGCUAACCAGCUGUACAGUAAUACGGAUACUUGCGCGGCAAUGAACCUUGGUCGGGUCUUGGCGCUGCGAUGCUUACGAGCCGGAAUCCAUUUUGCGCUGCCAGUUGCAACUAAAGAGCAGAUGGAGAUAAGUAAGCAUCAGAAGGAGUUCUUCAAAGCGCUGAAAGUUGAAGGACUACAACUCAAUGAACCUAAAGCUAUCGAGCAAACCUACGAGACAGACCGAUCAAUGACGUGGGAACGCUAUCCGCUGUGUCAAAACGACCUGAAUCUCGAUGCACUCGAUGAAAGUGAGUUCCCUCGAAGUGGCACCAUGGAACUCGUGGUUCGAUUAAGGCCCCAUCCACCACACUCCACUGCACUGCUCUGA